AUGUCUGCCAAUCUGAUUCAGAAUAUGAGUCUCGAGAAGGCAUCCGCCGCUGACAUUCGUCGGGCCCGUAAUUUGACACUUCUCAGUGAGCUUUAUGAGGAGGCUGCUGUCGCCUACUAUGAUGGUGACAAGAAGAAGUUACUCGAUUUGAUUGCUACUGCUGAAGAUCUAGUCGGCAGCGGUUCCCUGUAUGACCGACAGCCAAGCGAUGAUAUUGUUACUGUGGAUUCAAUGAGGGUCCUUACUGAGGCGGAUCACUGA